CCGAACAUACAGCGAGGAGGACGGAGAGUCUCACAGCCAGCGGCAGUGUCUGAAGUGCGGCGCUGAGAAUGUAUGAACAGUUUCCAGUUUUGGACUCCUGUAAGAAGAACCCUUGGAGCCUAAGGCUUAUCCCACUGCAGGUCAUGUAUAGGUCGUUAGUUAACACUGAUAGGAGCAGAUCUGUUUAAGGGAUUUAAGGCGUCAUUGCAGUGGAUACACUGGAUAUGCAGUUAUUAUAACCAUUUUGCAACCUUUGUAAAGUUGGAAGUAUCUCUUUAUUGGCUGGCGCAGAUACAUGCAGUAGUGCAAUGCUACAAGAGCCUUGUUCUUUUCGGUGCUUUGUAUUAAAAUGUACCAGGUACCCAAAAUGGACUGAAAGUGAAUACCUUACAUUUUCGACUUUUCCAUCCAAGAUUUUUCUCUGUUGGACAAUUCUAGUUAUUGUCUGUUUUCCACAGCUAGUAAACUCUCUCCCUUACAAAGUGGGUGUUGUUGGACCUUGGACCUGUGACCCAUUGUUCUCCAAAGCCCUUCCACAUGUUGCUGCCAAGUUAGCCAUUGAACGCAUCAACAACGAUGCUACUUUAGAUUUAGGCCUGUCCUUUAACUAUGUGAUACUUGAUGAAGAUUGCCAAACUUCAAAGGCUCUUUCAACUUUUCUUACAUACUCUAUGGUUGCAUCAGGGUUUGUUGGGCCUUCCAAUCCAGGAUAUUGUGAUGCUGCUACUCUUUUAGGGAAAAACUGGAACAAAGCUGUAUUUUCUUGGGCCUGCAUCAACUAUGAGCUGGAUAAUGUAAAAAGUUACCCCACAUUUGCCAGGACGUUACCUUCUCCCACCAGGGUUCUUUUUAAUGUAAUGAAGUAUUUCCAGUGGGCACAUGUUGGGAUUAUUUCCUCUAAUGAAGACAUUUGGAAGGACACUGGCAGGAAAGUGGCUAAUGCUCUUCGCAGUAGUGGAUUGCCAGUGGGCAUAGUUGUGGCUAUGGGAGAGGAUGCUAAGAGUACCCGGAAAAUUCUGGAGAAAGUCCGGAAGGUUGACAAUCUACGAUUGAUCAUCAUGUGCAUGCAUUCUGUGCUUAUUGGAGGACAACCACAACGGCAACUCUUGGAGAUAGCACAUGACUUGAAAAUGACAGAUGGCACCUAUGUUUUUAUCCCUUAUGAUACUCUAUACUACAGUUUACCUUAUCACAAGACACCAUAUGAGAUACUAAGGCUCAGCUCCAAGCUCAGGGCUGCCUAUGAUGCCGUACUCACAAUCACUGUGGAGUCAGAGCAGAAAAACUUCUAUCAAGCCUUUCAAGAAGCUGUCGACAAUGGAGAGGUUAUUAACAAACCAAAUCCAACAGAGGUGUCUCCCUUAUUUGGCACCAUAUACAAUGCAAUUUACUUUACUGCACAUGCCAUGAACAACAGCAGGAGGCACCAAAACUGGGUAUCUGGGUCAAGUUUGGUCAAGUAUUCAAAGAACAUGCAGUUUUAUGGGUUUAACCAGUGGAUCAGGACAGAUAUGAAUGGUAAUGGAUUUACCGACUACGUAAUUCUGGACACAGAUGUGAAAACCAGUGAACUGUACCGUACAUAUGUUGUUGAUAUGGAAACAGAUAUGGUUAGAUACAUGGGGAGGCAUAUUCACUUUCCAAAUGGUGUCUCUCCAAAAUCAGACUCUUAUUGCUGGUUUGCAAAUGGAAAAAUCUGCACAGGAGGUAUUGACCCUGCCUUUGCUUUAAUGGUGUUUCUUUGCAUACUUGUUGCCAUCCUCUCCAUCAAUGGACUUGCUUAUGUUAUAAGGCGUCGGAUUAACAAAAUUAAAUUAGUCAGAGGGCCAAACAAAAUUCUGUUGACACUGAAUGAUGUCACUUUCAUUAAUCCACAAAUGAGCAUGAAGAAAAUAAGCAAUGAUGGAAGCCGUACCAGUGACAGCGGACAAGUCAUAUCAGAUAACAGGAGUAUAAAGUCACCAAUGAGGUCUGGUUCUACUAAGAGCCUAAUUCCAGCAACCUAUGAGAAUUCCAAUGUUGCAGUCUAUGAGGGUGAUUGGGUAUGGAUGAAAAAAUUCCCUUCUGGAGAUUUUGGAGACCUUAAGCCUGGAACCAGUGAUGUUUUCGAAAUGAUGAAGGAUAUGCGUCAUGAAAAUGUCAACCCAUUCCUAGGUUUCUUCCAUGACUGUGGAGUUUUCGCUAUUGUCACAGAGUUUUGUUCCAGGGGCAGUUUGGAGGAUCUCCUUCGAAAUGGGGAUGUUAAACUUGAUUGGAUGUUUAAAUCUUCUCUUCUGUUGGAUUUGAUUAAGGGCAUGAAAUAUAUGCACCACAGAAAAUUUGUUCACGGUCGCCUCAAGUCACGAAACUGUGUUGUAGAUGGACGUUUUGUUUUAAAAGUGACUGACUAUGGUUACAAUGAAGUUUUACAGACCCAAAGGAUUGCUCAUGAUGAACUUUCUGCACUUGAACUACUCUGGACAGCUCCAGAGUUACUGAGGGAUCCACAUGCAGCUUUACAUGGUACAUUUACUGGAGAUGUUUAUAGCUUUUCCAUAAUUAUGCAGGAGGUAGUGGUGCGUGGGCCUCCAUUUUGUACUUUGGAACAAACUCCUGAAGAAAUCAUUCCCAAAAUUAAAAAGCCCCCUCCUUUGUGCCGCCCUGUGGUGUCUCCUGACCAUGCUCCUAUGGAGUGCAUUGUGCUCAUGAAACAGUGCUGGAAUGAAGUGCCGGACAGACGUCCUACUUUCGAUGACAUAUUUGAUCAAUUUAAAAAUAUCAAUAAAGGAAAGAAAACGAACAUCAUUGAUUCUAUGCUGCGCAUGUUGGAACAAUACUCAAGCAACCUUGAAGACUUAAUACGAGAAAGAACAGAGGAACUAGAGAUAGAAAAACAGAAAACAGAAAAGCUCUUAACACAAAUGUUACCUCCUUCUGUUGCAGAAGCACUAAAAAUGGGCUGUACAGUAGAACCAGAGGGGUUUGAUGAGGUUACAUUGUACUUCAGUGAUAUUGUGGGUUUUACCACUAUAUCAGCAAUGAGUGAGCCUAUUGAAGUGGUUGACCUUCUUAAUGACCUCUACACCUUGUUUGACGCUGUGAUAGGAAAUCAUGAUGUUUAUAAGGUGGAAACUAUUGGAGAUGCCUACAUGGUUGCAUCAGGUCUUCCCAAAAGAAAUGGAAAUAGACAUGCAGCAGAAAUUGCUAACAUGUCUCUGGAUAUCCUCAGUUCUGUAGGGUCUUUUAAAAUGAGGCACAUGCCUGAUGUCCCUGUUAGGAUACGUAUAGGCCUGCAUUCAGGGUCUGUGGUUGCAGGUGUAGUAGGCCUAACAAUGCCAAGGUAUUGCCUCUUUGGAGAUACAGUUAACACUGCCUCUCGCAUGGAAUCAACAGGGUUACCAUAUCGGAUCCAUGUGAACCAGAGUACUGUCAAAACCCUUAGAUCUUUGAAUGAGGGAUAUCUUCUUGAACUGAGAGGAAGGACAGAGCUGAAGGGUAAAGGUGUUGAAGAGACAUACUGGCUGGUUGGAAAAGAAGGUUUUAGAAAACCGUUACCUGUCCCACCAGUGAUCAAGUCAGGGCAAGUGGGUCAUGGUUUUCUGCAGGAUGAGAUAACCGCUUUCAAAAGAAGAAAAGCAGAAAAGCAACUUGCAAGGAAGAAUAUCUGAGGGAUGAGGCAGCCUUCCGAGAUCUAAAGCGACUCCUGAAGACAGCCGUGAAAAAAAUAUCACAGGUCCGGCACAUUACUGCUCUCAUGGCACCUGAAACAGAAAGUGAAUAAAUGGAGCUACAGAUGGUGACCUUAAUCUUAUGGAUAAAAUCAAGUCCGAAUCAGAUAAGAAGGACACCUUUCAGGAGGUCAUACUUAACUGGAUUUACAUAUUACACCAGAUAAACCACCUACAGAUGGAUCAUCGCUAUGCAAAAGACAAAAUCCCUGCCUUUUCCCAAUCACCAGUCUCCGAUCUGUGCAAAGUGUUUAUACCGCAGGGAUUAUUUUGUCGGAAACAAGGUGUUGUAUUAAAUGCACCCACAAAACCUGCAUUGGAUUGCUAUACUGUGACAUACACGCCUUUCUGUCAGGGAAUGGGCUCAAUGUAUAAAAAAAAUCUCUAUAUAACAUGUAUAUGGUUUUAAUAUUCAAUGUGAUUAUUUCUAUGCAUAUUUAGGUGGCCAAGCAAAGUUGCUCAGGACACCUAUUGUUUUUGCUCAGAUUAUUAUUUUUUAUUAUUAUUAUUAUUAUUAUUAUGCUGCCGCAGAC